AUGCCUGCCUCUUUUACGAGCAGCGCAAAUAGCGCUAACAAACCAACUACUAGGUCCUCUAGCCGCUACUCCCUCAACCUCUCGUCGGUGAGCAAGGCCCUCGCGGACGUUAUGAACAAGGAUGCAAGGGAGUCCUCUGUCGACAAGGCGUCCAAAAAAUCCAAGGAUGCCAGCGCUCGUCGACUCAGCGUCGUCGCAGAGAGCGGGCCUAGCGCUCGUCGGAACUCUGUGGGCGAAAAGCCUGCAAGCGUUGUUUCUCCCUCCUCGACCGUCAGUCGCACGACGCGCCGACAGUCCACCCUCGUGAAGGUAACGGAGGCCCCCCCACCAGGGGAAAUGGGAGUCAAAGAUACGGCGUCGGGGGAUCCGCUGUCUCUGGCUCCAUCGUCCAGGAGGGCAACUUUACGACCCCGCAGCACCAUCAUACCCGCUACUGGGUCUGCCCUGCCUAAAUUCCGACCUCGGUCCGUGCUCAUCGAGCCAGCGAAGAAACCUUCUUCUCCUCCCCGUGUGGGGACCCGUAGACGCCUCAGCAGCUCGGGCGACGAGAUUGAAGUGAAACCGGCGGGCAAGAGGACAUCGCUGCUCAAAGCCACAUCUCCCAAGGAGAGGGCGGAGAAAGCUGCAAGAUCUAUCAGCCCUCUUCCCCAGAGGGUUUUGAAACCCUCUGCAGCUAUCACCGUAUUGCCCCCGUCCCCAUCUCGCAAAGUGAAGUCCCAGAGCCGUAAUACCCCUUCGCCUGCACCUUCGCGGCCUCCGAGCAAGACCGCCAAGUCGACGAAGACCGUGUCACCCGCGGCUAUCUCCAUCCCUCGCCCUCCAUCAUCUUCGUCGUCCUCCAGCUCUCUUCGGACGCCCCGGACACCUCAGACGCCUACGCCUGUCAGGGAUGUCAAGGGUAAAGGUUUGGCUUCUAGCAAGACUGGCAGCCCUCUCAAAAACCCGGUCAAGAAGGAGCCGGAGUCAUCAUUGGGCAAACGCCUCCAGAAACGCUCUAUCAACAGUCUCAAGGACGAUUCCGGGUCUGGAAGUACUACCUGCGUCUUCUUGACGGAGGGCAGUAGCAUUGACAGCAUGGAAGCCCGAGACGUUGAAUUUAUGCUCUCAACCAUCUCUUCCCCGAGCGCUCCCACCCCGGUUUUGCCUCGAAUUCGAAUGGGCCGUCCGCCGCCUGAUGACGAGCCUGUUACGCCUUCGCGCCCACCUGGCACCCUUCCGUCCCGUUCGAAUCUAUCAUACCUUUCCCCCAUGCCUGCAUCUAGCGAUCAUUCGCCGUUUCCUCGGCUCAAUCGACCGGGUGUCCACCGAAUUGGAUCUAUACUUUCUUGGGAGCAACUAGUAGCUGCGGGGGAACACUCACUCGGGGAGGGGGAGGCUAACAGUAUGAUCAUUGACAUCACCGCGCCGUUCUCCGCCAAUGCAUCACCCGCACACAGCAAUAUCUCGCUUGACAUACCAGACAGCCCCUCGCUCAGUGCGCUUCCGUCACCCGUAGGUUAUGGAUCUAUUUCACAGAUCCUCCUUCCAGAGGUGACACCGUCUCCUACCAAAAUGAUGUUGACGCCGGAGCGGCGGUCUCAUGUCGACGGGGGGGUCGUCACGAUGCUGCGGCUCCAGCUCGCGUCCAUGGAGAACACUGCGAAAGAGCGCCUCGGGCAAAUUCAGAGUCUCGAGCAGCAACUUGCUGCGGCGAAGCUCGCGCGCAUCCGUGACGCAGACGAGCUCGCCGGACAGGUCGGUGCCUUGGAGCAGCAGAUGCGCAACAGCCUCGCUGUGCGCGAGCGCAAUGCAGAGGAGCAGACGGCACAUAUCAUUUCAUUGGAGGAGCAACUCAGUCGAGCGAUCGCUGUGCGGGAGGAAGCUGUGCAACGAGCAGCGAAACAGGCGGCUGAUAGCGUUAUGCAGCUGCACACUGCGGCGGUGAGGGUGGAGACGCAAAAAUGGGAAUUCACGUGCGCCGCGCGUGUAGCAUCGAUGGAGUGGAGCUCUGUUCGGGCCAUAGCGGAAGGCGAAAUGGACUUUGUACGUUCAAACCGUGAUAUGUUGAAUCUGUUGUUGGCUGGGCUGGACCAGAGCCAGCGGGAGCUACGAUCCGCCAUUGUCUUAUGA